ACAAAGGAAUGUUAUGAUUAUACAAUAUAACAAGUGAUUAUGAAUUGCUAGUAUUCAAUACACUAUCGGAUGUCUACCGAAAAUAACGCGACGGAAGGUUGGAUUCUGGAGCAGAAUUGCCGGCCCGAGUGGCCGCGAUGGACAUGUCUUACCGCAAACGUAUGUGGCCUGUGCAGCACCGCUAUAUGGUUUAUCGUCCUGCUGCCACAAGUGUGGAAAAACUUCCAGCGCCGAUCCGUUCGCGGUCUCAGUGUUCUUUGGGCAACUGCUAACUUUACGGCGUCGCUGAUCAAUCUUUUCUUCGUGUUCCUGUACAUACAAGUUCCGUUGUACUCCCAGAUUAGCUCUGUGUACUCACCAAUACUGGAGAUCACUUUGCUAGUGCAAUUUUGGAUGUACGGAACGCAAAACCGGAAGGAAAAGAUCUUCUAUGCAGCGGGCUGCCUCCUACUCUGGGUAGCCGUUGUUGCCGUGGAGAUCAUUUUCCACCUAGAAGAUUUUGUGGAAUACGCGGCAAUCGCGCUCUGGAGUAUCGAAACCUUUCCACAGGUUAUCCUGAACAUGAAGUUACAGUCCACUAGUGGACAGGCGACCAGCUCCGUUGUCAUAGCGAUGGUUGGCAAGACAACCGACUUUCUAUCAACAAACGGUCUGGUGAUGCCACUGCAGUACGUCAUUAUGUGCUACUUCUCAACAAGCGUUGCUUACGUUAACGGUAUCCAAGUUGCCUAUUACUAUGGCAACGACUUUCUCUUACAGGACCGGAAGUUACAAUCAGAUAUAAGAAUCGACUCUAUGACCGCAAGAAAUGUGAAUGGAACACCGAAAACAGGCAUGGAAAAAGCAAAUGAAGUAAACAACAUGUCGGACACAAAUGACAACAUUAAAAGCAACUCAUUUGAGAACGUUGCUCGAGCAACAAGUAUUUGCAUUCUUUUCGUUUUGCUGGCCGGUUGUGUGGUGGGAUUUUGUUUCAACCUUCAGUCCUUUUUUGGACUAUUUGGACCGAUUUUCAUUUUGUCUGUUCUUGUUGCUGCAAAGUUUUACAUUAACUUUUGUAAUAGAAAGUCUUAUAAAGUCAGGGCCUUUUUAACUAGACGGUAAAUUUGUAUUCGAAUUGCUUGUGAACAUGAUUUUUAAUAUUAAUCGCUAAAAACGACGCAAUGCAAUACCAGGUUUUUAAUUUGUGCCGGAAAUCAUGAAAUUUGGCAACUUUGUGUUUAUUGGUAUGUAAUACUGAGAUUGACCUUGCCUUAUUCGUACCCUAAAUCCCCUUAUUCAAUAUACCAAGUUUAGUCAUUUUAACGUCAUUCUUCUAGUUGUUGGUAAAAAACUGUUAUAUCCGUGCUGGCAUUGUAUUUUAUUCGAUUUAUAUAUCCAUUCUAUGUUACAUACAUUCUAUGUUAUUCGGCUUAUUCAAUUCGAAUGUUCUUGACAUUGACCACCGUAACCCCAAAUGCAAUCCCGUAGUACACCAAUAGCAAUAAAUGUCUACACAUGAGUUUCAAAGACAACAACUUGCAUCCUUAUCUAUUCCUUUCUACCUAAAGCUAUUGAGCAGAAACCAGUUUUCGA